CCCCUAAAUCCCGAGCUUUCCCUUUGAUUUUAUAAUUUCUCUGUCCGAACGACGUCGAAUUUUCUAGAUUGUUCGACGGCGACGGCGAUGGGAGCUGGGAGAGAAGUCAGCGUAUCGCUAGAUGGAGUCAGAGACAAAAACUUGAUGCAGCUUAAGAAGCUCAACACGGUUCUGUUCCCGGUUCGGUACAACGACAAGUACUACGCCGAUGCAAUCGCUUCCGGCGAAUUCACCAAACUUGCAUAUUACAGUGACAUAUGUGUUGGAGCCAUCGCUUGUCGGCUGGAAAAGAAAGAAGGUGGAGCCAUGCGAGUUUAUAUAAUGACGCUUGGUGUUCUUGCACCAUACCGUGGGAUUGGCAUUGGUUCAAAGCUAUUGAAUCAUGUUCUUGACAUGUGCUCCAAGCAAAACAUGUGUGAGAUAUACUUGCACGUGCAGACAAACAAUGAAGAAGCGAUCAAGUUCUACAAGAAGUUUGGGUUUGAGAUUACAGAGACCAUACAAAACUAUUACAUCAACAUUGAACCAAGAGACUGCUACGUUGUCACCAAGUCCUUUGUUCAAUCUGAAGCCAACAAAUGAUGGAAAAUACCCAACUUAGGGAAGCCAUUCCUCCCCAGUUUCUUUGUUUGUUCAAUGCAAGAUCUAUUAAUGUUAUGACGAGUCAGCGGUUCCCGAAUUUUGCUUGUUUUGUUGACCUUAAAGUUUAUUAUUGAUUCGAAAUUUAUAGAUUCCUGGCUAUAUACUUCAAUUCUUACAUGAAUUCUCUGGUUUUGGACCUUUUUGGUUGGAGAAGUUUUAAUUUUGCAA